AUGGGGGUUCCGGUAGUGCUGUUAGGGAUGCUGAACUUCCUGGGAGUGGCUGGGGGGGGCUCUUCUGCCCUCCGCUGGGACAGCACCUCCUGCCACUUGCUCAGGCCCACCUCUGGCAGCCCCUUGGGGACUCUGAGCUUCCUGGGAAAGGAUGCCCAAGGACUGGCCCUGUUCCAGGCCCACUGGGACAGGCAGGGGAGGCUGCAAGCGUGUAGCUGGCGAGACGAGCCAGAGCUCACUGCAGCCUUCAGUGCCCUCUGUGCUGGUGAGAUCACCCGGGGCUCCUUUAUCCACACCCCUGGACCCGAGCUGCAGAGAGCCCUGGCCACACUUCAGAGUCAGGGGAGGGCCUGCCGAGGGCCUGAAGAGGGUCCAGCAGGGGCUAGGGAGAAGCGAGCAGCAGGGACCAGGGAGGAGCAAGCAGGACACAGAAGAGCACCUGGCAGCAGAAGACCCCAGCGGGUGAAGAGAGGCUGGACCAUACCUGGCACGCUGUGGUGUGGAGUAGGGGAUUCUGCUGGGAACUCCUCGGAGCUGGGGGUCUUCCAAGGCCCUGAUCUCUGCUGCCGGGAACACGACCAUUGCCCACAGACCAUCUCGCCCUUCCAGUACAACUAUGGCAUCCGAAACUACCGAUUCCACACCAUCUCCCACUGUGACUGUGAUGCCAGGUUCCAGCAAUGCCUGCAGAACCAGCAGGACUCCAUCUCGGACAUCGUGGGUGUGGCCUUCUUCAAUGUGCUGGAGAUCCCCUGCUUCGUGCUGGAGGAGCAGGAGGCCUGUGUGGUGUGGUACUGGUGGGGAGGGUGUAGAACAUAUGGCUCCACACCCCUUGCCCGCCUCCAGUCCAGGAGGACUUUCUACAAUGCCUCCUGGAGCUCCUUGGCCACCCCCAUGACUCCCAGCCUCGAGAGCCCAGCCCCCAGCAGGCCUCCGCAGAAGCAGCGUCCUCAGAAGCGGCUGCCACAAUGGAAAGGGUCUAAGCACCCCCACAAAACCAACACCACAGCCCUCCGUGUCCCCAUGGCCUCCACCAAACCUGAUAUGUCCCCCACAGCCUGGCUGGAGGUCACCCAUCCAGGCCUCCAGGGGCCACAGAAUGGCCUAAAACCUCAGGACGCCCGCCGGGCCUGCCGCAGCUUCCGCCGUCUGGAUCAAUGCAAGCAGCAGAUCGGGCCUCAGGAAACCAAGUUCCAACUGCUCAAUAGCGCCCAUGAGCCCCUCUUCCACUGCAACUGCACACGUCGUCUGGCACGCUUCCUGAGGCUCCACAGCCCAGCUGCGGGCACCAACAUGCUUUGGGAGCUGCUAGGCAUGAACUGCUUCAAGCUGGCCCCUCCACUGGACUGUGCUGAGGGCAAAAGCUGUUCCAGAGACCCUAGGGCCAUCAAGGUGACAGCCUGGCACUUGCAGCGACUUCAACAGAGGCGACGCCAGCUCUGGGGUGUGAGCACAGGUGAGGGGCAGGUGUGGCCUUCAGAUCACCCAAGAGCCGCCAUGUCAUUCUAUGACCGCUGCCUGCAGCUGACCCAGGCAACCCGGAGACCCAUCGGGCGGCAGAAAUCCUAG